AUGAGGCAGAUUAUAGUUCAAGCUAUCAUAGUUUCGCUGGCGGACAGACUUGCUUGCGCAGGGACCAGUUCUCGCUGUCAGGGGAACUGCUGUAGUCGCCCUCUAAUUCGCAGCUGUUGUCAGAGUCCAGAUAAGGAGUCGGAAAGUGUACAGAAUCCCGAUUGUCGGCCGAUAACAAACAUUUCACUCGACGACUACCAACACGUGUUGACUGCGACCACAACCACUGGACAACGUCAGGACAUCACAUUCCAGGACAUUUAUACAUUAAUCAUAAAGAAAUAA